AUGAAGGGGCGAAUUGAAAUUGGUUCAGUUUUUGUGUGGGCGACUUACCUGCGCCCAUACAUUGGAUGCAAACCUUAUUUGAUACGGGGAAAGUAGCUGUAAUCAUGUUGAUGUAGCGUCCAGCCCCCGAGAGUUGGUAUGAGCCCACUGGCGCGAACGGCCUCGUGGAUUGUAGUUGCACAGCUGCUAUGCACCUUAUGGAGCGGCACAAGCAUUGCUGCGCGCAGUUGCCCGACAGUGCCCGGCUACCAGCUGUGGUCAGGCGCAACAAGUGCUGAAGGCGCCGCACUACAAGAUGGUGCCCGCAACUCGACUCUCAUAGCGCUGGCUCGGAGCUGCAACCCCAGGCCUGACUGCACGGGCUUCACCACAGCGGGGCAGCUGGUAUUGUCAGCCCUUGGCAACCAGGAGGUGUCAGCAACCGGUGGUAGCACCAGCAACGCUACCAGUUGCGAGGGGCUCUACACGCGGGCCGACCUCCUGGAUGGUGGAAUGACUGAUGAUCUGACUGGAUUGGAGGUGUCCAAUGACUUCGACCUGGACGUGCCGUAUUACCGGCGCGUGCCGUGGGACGCCUGCAAGCAGCUCUGCAUCAGCACGCUGGGAUGCCGCAGCGUCAGCUUCCUCGCCUCAGAGGAGCUGUGCACCCUGAAGACGGCGACGUGCGUGGAGGCAGGCUUGGGCAGCGGCUGCGUGCAGCGGCAUGCUUCGACGGGUUACUUUCUCCAGUCAGAUCGGGCAGGCACGAGCGCCGACUUCGUGGCGGGUACGCCCGAGACCUCCCUACAUUACUUGGGCCUGCCCUCGCAGCCGGGGACAGCCAGCGAAACUGAGGCCGCCUGCAGGCAAUUCGGCGGCGCGCGGCCCGCCUCACUGCACACCACCAGUGAUUACCGGACGUUGCUGCGCGCUGCGGAGCAGGCAGCGGCGCGCAUGGACGCCCACAACAGCAACACCAGCGGCAGUAGCAGUGCGGGAGGCAUGGCUGCUGCCCGCCGUGGGCCUUACGUGUUCUGGCUGUUCGGCGUCCAUAACGCGUCCUCGAGCCGCAUAAGCUGGCUUGAUGGCACCGGUUAUGUGCUGCCCGUCAACUUCAGCGUGACGGUGCGCGGCGGCUGCACGGCGGUGGUAGUCACCAAUGGCACAGCCGGCCUGGCCACACGAGCCUGCACGGAGCAGGGCGCCCCAGUGUGUGCCGUGUACGCCCCAGGUGACCCCGGCGUGCGCUUCCAGACCGACAGCACAAUGGUGGUUGCUUUCAACGACCGACUGGGCGCCCAGGACGCCAUCAACUUCUGCGCGGGCAUGGGCGCCGUGCCGCACCGGCCGGUGGGCGCGCGGGGCCGGGAGGCGGUGGCGGAGCUCACGGCGGUGGCGCGUGGCGACAUCUGGAUUGACGGGAACGGACCCUUCGACCUCCGGCCUGCGACACUCACAAACUACACGUACGGAGACGGGUCCCCGAUUCUGUCAGAGUUCUGGGCUAGGGAUGCAGCCCCGGGCCCGGACUGCCUCUUAGCGGCCGCGGGCGGCCUGCUGAAUGGCUGGUUGUACCCCAACACCUGUGACGAAUCGCGGCAUGUGGCAUGCCAGUGGCCUGUGCGCAACGGGCCAGGCCCGUCGCAGAAUAUCCCGAGCGCGCCCACGCCCAAUCUGCCAAGCUGGGAAGGCCGCUUGGAUAAGCUGCCCGCGCGCGUACGGCUGCAACGCGGGAGCGCCUACGUGUUCAUCACCAACCCGGCGACCUACCCCGUGGGCGUGGCCAUGUGCCAGCAGCUGGGCGGCAACAUGGUGUCCAUCCACGACGGCGCCACGGACGCACUAGUGAUGCAGACCUGGCUCGACUUAGACCCCUUGAGCAACAACUUCGUCUUGAUUGGGGAGCGCCGCGUGCUCACGUACAUUGGCCUGGACAACGUCCACGGCAUCAACCUCGGGUGGACGGAUGGCACUCCCUACGACUACCAGGGCGAGCUCUUCACACUGACCUCUUCGCCUGUGGUCGUGUGCCUUACGGUAAACACGGUGGGGCCCUCAGGGCCCGUUCGCUGGGAAUGGGCCAACUGGUCAGACUGCGAUAGUCGAAGGCGAAACAUCACGUGCCUUGUCCCGGCCAAGCCCUAUGUGCAACCCUCCGCGGCGGUGGUCAGCAAUGGGGCGCUGUUUGAGCUCCACUUGGGAACACCGCGCACCUUCCCGGACGCCCAGGAGGCGUGUCAGGCGCGCGGCGGUAACUUGGCGUCGCCGUCUGUGGGGCGAGACCUGGAAGUGCUCAGGACCUUCCUGCACAGGCUACGGCAAGAAUACAGCACGCAGCAGCGCUUCACUGACGGCCUGACAAGCGAUUUUGAAGUCUGGGUUGGCGCGACCACCAACAAAACAGGCUUGAACCUGGCGUGGACAGACUUCGUUUGGGUCGGAAGCCCUCGCUCGCCAUUCGACUUUCCCAUGUGGUACGGCGGUUACCCGCCCGGACGCCCCGUGUCGUUCUCCCAGUUUUCUGGGGCACGGUCUGCCGCAACCCUCUCCUACUCAACCGGCAAUCUCAUGCUCGCGCGCCGCCGCUACCAGAUGAGCCGGCCAUUCCUAUGUGAAACGCCGGUUGGCUCGCCGCUCCAAAGCUACGAGGCUGACGACGGCACGACGUACGAGGUGCUCCGCACACCCUACGCGCUGCCGUACCAUGCGGCGGAGCAGGUGUGCCAGGCGCGCGGCGGCCACCUCGCCGGCGUGUCCUCGCCGCAGCAGCUUGGGGCGGUGGCACAGCUGUGCAGCGCGGCACUGCAAGCCCUGCCGCGGGCAGCCAGCGGCGGCUUUGAGAGCCACGACGUGCCGGACGGCUGCUGGGUGGGGCUGUACUGCCCAGCGGGAUACCGCGGUGGGGUCAGCUUCAUGGACGGUUUCGGCGAGCGUGCCCUACGAAGGUUGGCGAGCUUUCAGCCUUCCAUCCUCCAGGGCAGUAGCUGCAGCUCGGGCUUUGACUUGAUGUGGCUCGACAGCCACAGUACCGCAGGCGACGGCGGCCUGGCGGGCCUGGUCAGCGGCGCAGCGUCUAGCCUGAGCCCUGGCAGCCGCUGCGGUAUGGUGCGGCCCGGUGCCAGCAGCAACAGCAGCAGCACUGCGACGCUGGCUAUGUCGGCUUGCAAGCAGUUUGCCGCGUUCGUGUGCGAGCGUGGCGGCAUGAGCACUCCGCCGCCGCUACCGUCCAUCACCAUCGCCCAGCCUGCAGCUACAGCACCGGCGGCGUCAGCAGACCAGAUCCCAUCAGGGGCGGCUCGCUAUCAGGGCUGCUACACGCUGGUGGACGGGCAGCAGCGCGCGGCGGCGACGGCUGGGUCACUGGCACUGGCGCCCACGCCGCUGCCGGUCCUGCUGUCGCAGAACGCGUCCAGCCUGGCUCAGUGCUACAGCCUGGCGCAGCAGAGCGGCCUGGCGCUCUACAGCAUCGUGGGUGGCAGCGCUUGCUGGGGCGGUGCCGCUGCUCCGGGUCUGCCGUUCGUCAACGUCAGCGACGAUACGAUGUGCCGACAGGCCUGCAGCAGCGGGGACACCAGCAGCAACAGCAGCGGCGGCCAGCAGCCGGGCUGUGCAGCGGCGGGCUAUGCAGCCGUGUUUGCGCUCACAGCUGCCACUGCCGCAACCGCAACAGCUGCACCGGCCGCGCCCUACGUCUGCCUCACGGAGCAGUUGCUGGCGGCCCUGAACGCCUCAGUCGUGGGGCAGCUGCACAUCAGCCCCUCCCAGCUGUCCCGCUGCGAGGCGCUGUGCUCCUCUCUGGCAGCCUGCGACAUCUACACGUAUGACACGCGAGCGGGCGCCUGUGUGCUGCUGGGUGUUCCCGGCGUCGCCAGCCUGACCAGCCUGCCUGUGUUCGAUGCCCAGUGGGCCCGGACCACCUGCGUCAAGGCCACUCGCCUGGUGGCGGGCGCUACACCCAGACAGCUCCCCAGCGUCAGCUAUGCAGCAGCUGGUUCAGCCACGCACGUGUGCAGCGGCGCGCUGGGUCGCCGCGUGCGUGCUGCGCCUGUGGUCGCGUACAGCCCCCAGGACAGCCUGCCCGUGAGCGACCUGGCGGCCUGUGCGGUGUCGUGCAACGCCAACGCGACGUGUCAGGGCUUUGCAGUGUGGCCCGCAGCAGGCAGUAACGGUUCGCUGCUGUGCGGCACGCGCACGGGCAUCGUGGUCGACACCAGCUACGACUGGUUUGCGUCACGGUCCUGGGUAGAGCUGCCGGACGCCGCCGCUGGCAGCAACAGUAGUGACAGCGGCUCAGUCGGCGUGGAGGGCUGCCUGGUGCUGCCUCGGCUGGCGACACCGCCCGCGUACGUGUGUACCGAGUACGUGGAUGCGGCCGGCUGGGAGCUCCGGCGGCUCAACGGCUCGGACGAGCAGGCUUGCCGGGACACCUGUGACGCGGACGACGACUGCUCGCUGUAUGUGGUCUACACGUUGCCGCCCAGCUGCAGCCUGAGGUACCGUGCAUUCCACGAUGGCAAGGCCUGGCCUGGCGUGGUGGGCACCAAUGGACGGCUCGCUGGCUCGGAUAAGGGCACAGUGAAAAGUUGCGUGCAUACGUACCGGCUCCUGACCCCGCUUCUUUCUCCUGCGUUGGGCAAUGGUAAUCGACGAGUGCGGCUGGGAGAAGAUGACUCCUGGCAUUUGUGCACCCCGCACCUUGACAUGCGCGGAGACGACUUGUUCCGGUUUGACACGUUCAAGGACGUAGUCUGCGCUCAGGAAUGCGCGACACGCGCGAUCUGUAACUUUUUCAUCACCACCGCGGACGCUUCCUAUGGGGCUUGCUACGCCAAGUCCGGCGCACUGCCUUUCACCAUGGGCGACGGCAGCGAAUACCCGAACUCGCGAGGCAUGGCCCGCCUUGACCUGGGAAGCGUGCUGGAGACGUGCCUCAACCUGGAGCGGCAGCUGCCCCGCAGCCCGCCCGUCUACGUGUGCGCGCAGCAGUACAGCGCCGUGUUUGCGGCGGGCGCCCGCAACACAUCCGUCGCCACCGCAUACGCUUGCGAGGCGCUGUGCGACCUGGGCGCCGGCUGCGUGGGCUACACGUGGAUGGCGCACAACAGCACGUGUGUGCUGGGAACCAGUGGCAGUGGCAGCAGUAAUAGCACCGGCAGCACCACUGGAGGUCUGGCGGCGCGCACGACCGGGCCGUCCUGGCUGGCCACUCAGACGUGCUUGCACGGGCCGCGCCUGAUGGCUGGGCCCACACCAGCUUCCAGCAGCCAGCCGGCAUCGGCAGACCAGUACGUGCAUGCCGCCGGUGCAUGGCACUUGUGUGUGCCGGCGGCGUCUUGGUCCGGCAGCGCCCCCGAUGUCCUAGGCGUCGUGCCUUUGCCCAACGCCGGCAACAGCAGUGCCAACUACACGGCGGUCCGGGCCUGCUCCCUGGACUGUACGGCUACGACGGGCUGCCAGCUGUUUUCGCUUUUCUGGGUCAACGAUGCAGACCCGUCCCCGGCCUGUGUGCUCCAGGGCUGGGGCUCGGCGGCAGUGCUGACCGGCCCAGGAUCAAGCCAGGGCUCAGGCCCAUUAGCUUUGUCAUGCCUGGUGCUCGCGUCCGAGCGCGCGUUUCCCGCGGCGGCCGGUGGCCUUGUGCACCCGCGCGUGCGACCGGCGGCCGUGCAGGCAUACCGCAGCAAGCAGUACAGCGUGUACUUGCAGCCCGCCAGCUACAGCCUGGCCGCAGCCACAUGCCAGAGCGCCGCCGGCGGCGGAGGACAGUUGCUGUCCGUGAACAGCGCCCAAGAGCUGACGGUGGUGCAGGCGCUGCUGCGGCCGUACCUACAGGCAAGCACCCACCCUGCAGCCGGGUCGGCGCAGCUGGACACGAGUCCGUUCUGGACGGGGCUGGUGUGGUCUGGCAACAGCACCGGAUGGAGCUACAGCCAUGGCCGCACAACCAAUGCGACGUUUGUGGGCUCGGUGCUACAGUCUGGGGCUGCAGGAGGCUGCGGUGCGCUCGACCUCAUAGGUGGAGCAGCAGGGCUCCGCGCGGCCAACUGCACCGCCUGGGCCCUGCCGUUUGUGUGCGAGUAUGAGAUGCCGGCCGUUGCGGUGGAUGGGAUCACCAGCUCUGGACAGCCACUGCAGCUGUUCCCCGCGCAGGCCGGAUACAGCCAGGCACUGCAGCUUGCCUCGGCUGCCGGCGCAGUGCUUGCGGUGGUGGACUUGUCAGCAGCGGCUCCCGGCAGCAGCGGGCGCCACCGCGCACGCGCGCUGCUGCAGGCGCAGUCAGGAAGCGGGGCGGUGCGCUUUGGUAGCGCUUCCGCUGCUGCCGCCGCAUGCGGUGCGCAGCAGCUGCUGUCCUCGGGCUGCUGGGUGCAGCUACAGCCGCCGGCAGACGCCUGCAACAGCACGAGCGGCACUGCGGCGCUGUGUGGUGCGACCGCGCUGCUGCUGACUGAUGCCACAUCCACGACGGCUUCCACGCUGCAGUCUCUGGCCGGCCUCGGGUCUGGCACCAGCAGCAUCGGCAGUGGCAGCGGCACGUGUGCAGCGGCCCUGGUAUCCAGCGCCUCUGGCAGCGCAUCCUACGUACGCGCGGCAUGCGCCACCCAGGCAGCCUUCUUAGCAGCUGUGGUGGACCCGGACGCGCCGCUAAGGGCUGCCGUACUGGUGCCACAGCAACCGCAAGGGCCGGACCUGCCAGCUGGCGCUCCUGGAAGCUCAAUGGACGAAGCUCUGCCGCCAUGCGCCAUUGCGGGCGUCGUGGUUGGCGUGGUGCUGGCGAUGCUUGCAAUCAUCGUAGGCUUCGUGGCCCUUGCACGCCGGCGCAAGGCUGCAGCAGAUGGCGAAUUCGUCCCACCGGCAGAGCCGCUGCCUGUGUGCCUCGUAAAACUUAGCGCGCGGUCUGCAGGGGCACCUACCCCGGUGCCCACUCCCCCAAGCUCGCGCCCUCCAAACAGCAACCGCGUGCUCCUCAGCUGUGGUCGAGUCGCGGACACAGGUACGCUAGAAGCUGGUGUUGAGUCGGACUCGGCCAUCACCACAUUGCAGCUGCCACCCACGCCCAGCGGCUCGGCACACCGCACCAGCCUGGGUCCGAACAGGUUCACGACCGGUAUGGACACCACCAACAGCGAUAUACAUGGUGCUUUGAACCAGAGCCUCCGGGGCUUGACCAGCAGCCAGCAGGCGCUCAACGCGCAAAUUGUAACGGCGGAAGAUCCUGACCAGGACGAUGUCACGUGGUGUAUAAACCCCAAGACCGACGUCGCGUGGGACCCGAAAGCGGAGCUGGGCAAGGGCACCUUUGGCGUGGUGUACAAGGGCGUGUACAAGGGUAUGCCGGUGGCAGUCAAGACCGUGCUGCGCGCUGGCCAGGGAGCUUUUGAGGCGCAGUCGCUCAAGUCACUGCUGCAUGAGGCGCGCAUCCUGGCGAAACUCCGGCACCCCAACAUUGUCACGUGCUAUGGCGGAUGCAUCACCAAUGCAGAUGUCUUUAUUGUCGAGGAGCUGAUGAGCCAGAAUCUGUCCCAGCUCAUCACGUCCGCCGCCGGUGUGCCCAUCCCGCUCGAGACGGUGCUGCGCAUUGCCAUGGACGUGGCCAGCGGACUCUUCCAGCUGCACCCCACCAUCGUGCAUCGCGACCUUAAGCCCGACAAUGUGCUGCUUGACGCGGCCGGCCGGGCCACGAUCAGCGACUUUGGGCUGGCGCGGUUCAAGAUGCAGUCCUACCUGGUGUCCACAAAGAACUUCGCAGCGGGCACGAUCCCCUACAUGCCGCCCGAGACUUUCAGUAGCACCAUCGUGGGCAUAUCCGAGAAAGCAGACAUAUACUCCCUCGCCAUGAUCAUCUGGUCCCUGCUGGCUGGCCAGCUGCAGCCCUGGACUGGAUACCACUACGCGGCCAUCAUGUUCAAGGUGUCGGUCCAGGGCGAGCGGCCGCCGCUCCCAGAGGACCCCGCCCGCUGCCCGCCGCGCCUGGCCUCGCUUAUCAAACGCAUGUGGGCGCAGGAGCCGGCGGCGCGCCCGGGGGCUGGGGACGUGCUGAAGCAGCUAGGGAUAAUUCUGCGGGACGUAACACGGGCGGCAGCUGGGAGUGCUACAGGCAGUCUCUGCAACAGUGACCUGCGUAAUGCACUCCCAACCAGUGCGGAGGCAGGCCAGUCUGCGCCAACUGCCUCCGCGGUUACACAAUGAACUAGCAGUUUUGCAAGUGAUCUGCAGGUCAUCACUGCCACCACCUUUCGGCACACAUUUCAUCACAUAUUAGGCUAUUCGGGGCGACUUGGUUCUCUUCGCAGCGGGUGGGGUGGGAAACACUUCAGGCGUACUGCAUUCAUGACUAAUAAAUGAUGGCGCACGGAAAUGAGUAUUUUGGUUACGAAUUGAGGCCAUCAGAAGCAGUGGGCGGGGUUUUUUGUGUACUGCUGCCGGAAGUGUCACUUGGCAGUACGAUUCAAUGUGUAUGCCCGCCCUGUCCAUGGAUUAUUGGCUAUGCGUGGGUUUGUCAAGGAGUUAACAUACCGUAUGAAGGAUGGGAAGCACGAGGCGCCGUAUCAGGUGCUGCAAAUACGUCGCAGGCCAGCAUUACAUCAACAAGCGAGGCAUAGGGGAUUUGUAGUAGUGGGUAUAAUGCAGGGUGUCGAAGUAUACUGUCGGGCACGCGCUCACGUUCGUACACUUGUGCUGAAGGUGUCUGUGGCUUAUUAGAAUGAUGUCCAUAGCGGGUUGCCACCCAGGCUCCAAUGCGCAUCUGGUCAGUCGGUUCGUUUGCUUCAAGUGUGGCUGGUUUCGACCCUCCUGGCUUUGAUGCCAAGAGCAACUAGAGCACAAGACAGGGUGUGCCCGUGUGUGGCGGCGACGGCGGUGGUGGUGGAGGUCCUGGCCCAUGCCUGGCCCCACCAGCAGCAGCAGCAACGGCAGCGGCGCAGGGCCCGGCGGCGGCGCAGGGCCUGGGCCCAUCAGUUGCUGCGUGCAUGUGCGUAGCGGAGGAGCGAGCAAGGCCGCGUGGAGGAGGACAGCGCGGCGUCGCUCAAGAAGCGGCGCUGGCGCGCAGGUUGAGGCCGGCCGGUGCCUGGUUAGUGGUGGUUGGAUGUGCGGGGGGGUUCUGCCAGCGAGUUCGCGGGGACGCACGCGCUUGAUGCCGGGUUGAAUGCUAUUAAUAAAUGUACAGGGACGUGAUUACAUCACCAUUCUGCGGCUAAGGGCGCGCGCCCUUUGCCGUUUUGGACCUCCUACUCGUGCUCGCGCCAAAUCGCGCUCUUAACCGGUCGGCGCG